UAUAAUAUAGGUAACAAAUAACAAUACCUAUAAAGAACGAAAAAAAAUAAUAAUGUUGGACGUUGUUUGGUUUAUCAUAAUUUAACUGUUAUUUCGAUGGGUUAAAUUUGAUGCAUAUCAAUCCUUCUCUCCGACUUCGAUAUUUUAUGUUCUCUAUAAUAUAUUUUUAUCAUGAUGCGAUAAUUCGUCCGUCUCUACGAUUUACACAGUGUAAUGACUGUUGUAUAUUAUAUUUUCCUCCUACGCACUGCAUUAUUAUUUCGGGUUAAAGCGUUCUCCGUUACAUAUUUUAUACGCUGAUGAUAAAGUGUGAAAACUAUUUAUGUUCGAUUUCUCCCCCCUCCAUUUGCGACCGCAAACAAAAAAAAAAUCGUGUACAAAAUAUCAUCGCGCCGAGCCUUAUGCGCGUUUUCCUUCUUCCGCUCUCUCCGUUUCUGACGAUCAAUCGCUUCGUCCGUUUGACCACUGUUUCGUAUUAUAUGCGACUAUUCAAAUCUCCAUCAUAGACUGCAAUACUGAAACAACCAGCUUGCUCUCCGUCCCACAUCCACUCGUGUCCAUCAACGACCCUGACCAAACGUAAACGAAAAUACCGCGUGAUAACUGAUAAAAAAAAAUAUAUUAUAUAUAAUAUUAUUAUAUACGUACAAAAUUAUAUUUUUUUAAAAAAAUGGCAUUAUUUACGUCCCAGGUUUUUCUUAUAUGCGUUGUAACAGGUAUAUGUAUAUAGUAAUGAUGAAAUAUAUAGGUAUAUUAUGGGCUAUAUAAUAUACGAAGCUGUAGAUAGAUUGUUUUACCUGUCGUUAGGCGACAAUCAGACUUUGUUUGUUAAAAACCCGUUUUCGAAUUUUUUGGUGUGGUUGUUAAGUGGAAAAUUUAAAUUGGAUGACUGUUAUAACUUGGUGCUGGAAGAGGAUACGGCGUGCGUAUGCGGUGUGCAAGCCCAUCAUAUGUUGCAGCGGCGGAAACGUCGAAAUGAUGGAUCACAUCCAUCGUGUAGAUUUACCAGCAAGAGCGGGAGAGCAAAACCCGUCGAACCAUUUGCUGCAGUCCGUCCGUCCAUUGUCGCAACAGCGGCACCGGCCGGACGUCCAGCCGAUGUGCAUGCGACGAUUCGUCGACCCGGAAAAAGUGGCAGCUGUGUUCAAGGCCUGCAAGGAGCUACAGGUGCCGAUCGGCGAAGACUGCUACGACGACGGCAGUGGUCCUGCAUCAGAGACCCGCCAGAAAACAGGGCUGGCCGAACCGAAAAAAAACAAAAUCGAUAAUACCACCGACCUGCAGCUGCGAUAAUAUCCGAUAAAAUUACCAAAUUUGCACUGCACAUAAUAAUAUACAAUGUUAUAACAAUA